ACAUGCAUCCCGACCAUGGCCACCGUCCGAAUCUGUGUAUGCGGCGAUGAGGGCGUCGGCAAGAGCUCCAUCAUCACCUCGCUCGUCAAAGGCGUCUUCGUCACAGCAAAGAUCCAGCCCGUCCUCCCUGCGGUGACGCUCCCACCCAAUAUCGGCACCCCCGACAAUGUAGCCACGACCAUCGUCGACACCUCCGCUCUCCCCCACGAACGGCACGCUCUGCGGAAAGAACUGCGCAAAUCAAAUGUCAUUCUACUCGUGUACUCGGACCACUACAGCUAUGAACGCGUCGCCCUUUUUUGGAUGCCGUAUUUCCGGUCGCUGGGUGUCAAUGUUCCUGUCGUGCUGUGUGCAAACAAGUCGGACAUAGCAGCAAGUGGGAGCACCACCCAGGUUGUUGCGGAGGAAAUGCUGCCCGUCAUGAACGAGUUCAAGGAAAUAGAUUCGUGCAUUCGGACCAGCGCCAAGGAACAUCACAACAUCAACGAGGUCAUCUUUCUGUGCCAGAAGGCCGUCACACACCCGAUUGCACCCUUGUACGACUCCAAGGAAAACGCCCUCAAACCGGCUGCGGUAGCUGCGCUUCAACGUAUAUUCCACCUAUGCGAUACGGACAAGGAUGGAUACUGGAACGAUCAGGAGAUUCAUGAUUUCCAACUAAAAUGCUUCGAUAAGCCAUUGGGGGAGGAUGACUUGGCUAACAUCAAGCGGUCCAUCGAACGCUUUGUACCGGGAUCCACGGGCGAACGAGGGAUGGAUGAGAAAGGUUUUCUUUUGCUUAACAAGAUUUUUGCUGAAAAGGGCAGGCAUGAAACCAUCUGGAUAAUUCUAAGGAAAUUCCACUACACGGACAGUCUGAGUCUUCAAGAUACCUUCCUCCACCCCAAAUUCGAGGUCCCACAAUACGCUUCUGCCGAGCUUGGGCCUGCAGGCUACCGUUUCUUCGUGGACUUGUUCCUCAAGUUUGACCGGGACAACGACGGCGGGUUGAACGAUGUCGAGCUCGGCAACCUGUUUGCGCCCACGCCCGGCGUGCCGUCGUCGUGGGUGGAUUCGGCAUUCCCGUCCUGCACAGUGCGCAACGAAGCUGGCCACAUUACGUUGCAGGGAUGGAUCGCGCAGUGGAGCAUGACGACGUUCGAAGAGCCCAAAACGACGCUCGAGUAUCUGGCCUACUUGGGGUUUGAGGGUGGCGACCGCGGGGGUACUACCAACGCGCUCAAGGUCACCAAGGCACGCAAGAGGCGCAACAGGCCCGGUCGUGUGGAGCGCAACGUGGUUCUGUGCUACGUGUUGGGCGCGAGCGCGAGCGGGAAGAGCGCUCUGCUAUCAGCGUUCUUGCAACGGCCUUUUACAUCAACGUACCACCCCACCAUUCAACCUCGCUCUGCAGUCAACAGCGUGGAACUCAAGGGCGGCAAACAGUGCUAUCUGAUCCUCGAAGAGCUUGGCGAGCUGGAGCCAGCCAUUCUGGAGAACCAGGCCAAGCUGGAUGCGUGCGAUCUGCUGUGCUACACGUACGACUCGAGCGAUCCCGACAGCUUCGCACACAUUGUGGAACUACGGAAGAGAUACCCGCAGCUCGACAGGCUACCGGCCGUGUAUACAGCGCUCAAAGCCGACCAAGACAAGGCUAUGCAGCGGAGCGAGCAGCAGCCGGAUGAGUACACGAGCGCGCUCAACAUGUCAGCCCCACUCCACGUGAGCGCAACGUGGAGUAGCAUUUCGGAGCUGUUUGUUCAUCUGGCCGAAAGUGCAACGUUCCCAUCGACGGCGUUCCCAAAACAAGAUGAAGAACCGUAUGACAACAUGAACCUCUACCUUGCGCUGGGCGCGAUGGCAUGCGCAGUAGCUUCGGUGGCUUUCAUUUGGAAGCGAAACUGGGCCAAUCCUUGA